AUGCACCUGCCGGGCUGCGCCCCAGCCAUGGCCGACGGCAGCUUCUCGCUCGCCGGCCACCUGCUCCGCAGCCCCGGCGGGAGCACCUCGCGGCUGCACAGCAUCGAAGCCAUCCUGGGAUUUACCAAGGACGACGGGGUCCUCGGCUCCUUCCCGGAGGAGCGGGCCGCCCGGGGCACCAAGGAGCGAGAUAGGAGGCAGGGCGCGCGGCCCGCCGGCCCCAAGGCGCCUGCAGGAGGCGCCGAACAGUCCCCGCCGCCCGCCCCGGCGCCAGCCCCGGAGUACGAAGCCCCCCGCCCCUACUGCCCCAAGGAGACCGGGGAGGCUCGGCCGAGCCCUGGGCUGCCUGGAGGGCCGUCCGCCCCCGGCGACUCGAAGCUGUCGGAGGAGGAGCAGCCCAAAAAGAAGCAUCGGCGGAACCGCACGACCUUCACCACGUACCAGCUGCACGAGCUGGAGCGCGCGUUCGAGAAGUCGCACUACCCCGACGUGUACAGUCGCGAGGAGCUGGCGGGCAGAGUCAACUUACCCGAGGUCCGAGUCCAGGUGUGGUUCCAGAACCGACGCGCCAAGUGGCGGCGGCAGGAGAAGCUGGAGGUGUCGUCCAUGAAGCUCCAGGACUCGCCCCUGCUCUCCUUCAGCCGCUCCGCGCCCGCCGCGGCCCUGGCGCCCCUCGGAGCGGGCCCGGCGGGCGGCGGCGGCGGGCCGGCGGGGGGCGCCCUGCCGCUCGAGUCGUGGCUCGGGCCGCCGCUCCCGGCCGGGGGCGCCACGGCGCUGCAGAGCCUACCGGGCUUUGGGCCGCCGGCGCAGAGCCUGCCCGCCAGCUACACACCGCCGCCGCCGCCGCCGCCGCCCUUCCUGAACUCCCCGCCGCUCGGCCCCGGCCUGCAGCCCCUCGGGCCGCCGCCGCCGCCGCCCGCCUACCCGUGCGGGCCCGGCUUCGGGGACAAGUUCCCGCUGGACGAGGCGGACCCGCGCAACAGCAGCAUCGCGGCGCUGCGCCUGAAGGCCAAGGAGCACAUCCAGGCCAUCGGGAAGCCGUGGCAGGCCCUCUAG